UACCAAUUCUGCUUCCCCUUGUGUCUAGUUUAUCUACUCCGGUAGUUCGACACCGAAUUUUUCAAGUCCGCAGUUAAAACUGUUGGUCCUCCUCCUAACUAUCUGAGUCAAUAGAUUCAGAAAACUACAGGAAUCCCCACAGAUCACUCUCCCACAACUCCCCCUCACUUUCUCUGCCAAUUUUCCCGAGAAAAUCCCCACCACGGGUUCUCAAUCUCCUUCCCAAGGUAAGCUCUCACUCCAUUCUCUCUACUUUGCUGCUCAAUUCUCAUGUUUUCUCGAUCUGGGUGUGUUAGAUUUUAUCUGUUAGGCAUUAGCCCCUAGGAUUUGAGGUUGUUUUUGCACAGUAAAGAUUGGUUCUUGGGCACAAAAAUGAUGCCGUCGAGAAGAAAGAAGUGGACAGAGUCCGAGGAGAGAACUCUGAUCGACAGAUAUGGAGAGAUGGUCUCUGAUGGGACCCUUGCUAAAAUGAAAACCAGAGAGAAAAAGUUUAAACCCAUUGCCUGCUAUGUGAAUUCUGUGCACCAUGUUCGAGACCCGAUUGCGUAUCGUUGGCAGUGGUCUUGGAAGGAUGUUUCCACCAAGGUCCAGAACAUGAGGCACCAGUAUUUGCUUGUCAAGCAGAAGAUUAAGAAGCAGCAACCCGAGUGUAAUUCGGGGGGCGGUGGGGGUGGUGGUGGACCUGAUGGUGGUGGUAGUAGUGGUGGUGGGAGUGGGGAGUGUAGUGAGGAGGAGUUUGAUUGGAUGGAGGGCCUUGCGCAUUGGUCGAAUUUUUUGAGGUAUAAGGAGGUUUUUGGGGAUGUGGAGAUUGUGAGUAAUAGUGGUAAUGAUUUGGUGGUGUCUGUGAAUGGGGAUGGUGAGAAUGGUGGGAGGUUUGUGGGGAGUGGGAGGGGAAUGGGGCUUGUGGACUUUGGGCAAUUGGGGCAUUCAGAUGGGGAUUUUGGGGCGGGGAUUGAUGGGGUUGAGAAUGCAGUGAUGGGUUUGGGAUUUGAGUUUGACGGGGAGGAGGGAGAGGAGAAUUUUAAUCGUUGUGAUCGGUUGAGGCAGGAUGGAGAUGACAAGUUUGUGUUUGAAGAAGUUGAGCAAAAUGGUCAUAAUUUAAAGAAGAGGAAGAAGAAGAGGGAGGUGUCGACGGGGUUGGGAAAGAAGAAGGCAUGGGCCUUUCUAGGUAACCAACUGGGCAAGUUGAAGAAAAUGGAGGCACGGUUUGAGCAUCGCGAGGCAGAGAGAGAACGGGACAGACGGAGGAGUGAGAAUUUUAGAAUGGAGUGUGAGCAAGAACGAGAGCAGAAAUGGGAGGAAUGGGCAAAUAAAAAGGAGACGCAAGAGAAGACAAGAGAGAAGUUAAAGAAGCAGAGGAUUCUAGAAUGGGAAGCAUUAGCAUUAGAGAAGGAGAGUGAAGAGAGAGAAAGAAGAAGAAAAGAGGACGAGUUGAUUCAUGAGAGGGAAUGGGAGGAGAGGAUGAAUAGGAGGAGAACAGAAUGGAAGACGAGGAUUGAUGAAAUGUUGGCUCACCACCGGGCAGAGAUGGGCCAGAUGCAGACUCGUAUUCUUCAUGAGCAACAAAGCCUUACAAGCCAGUUACUUGGGAUUGUCUCUCAGUGGCCUGCUCAUCCAGCUGGACAGUCUGAUCAUACAAGUGCUAGUAACCAUUAUUUAUCACAAAUGAUGCAGAACUUGCACCAUGUGAAUAUUUUGGUUCAUGAUGAUGCUAGGGUUGACGGAGAAAAUCAAGAUGAUCAAUACAUUCUCGAUGGAUAACGCUUUACCUUGAAGAAACUGCUCUCUGCUCUGUAUGUAUGAAUGUCUGCAGUAUCGUGGGAAUUGUAAAGGUAUUGUGACUUCUACCUUCCACUUAAAGCUCCUUUUGGCCGGGCGUAUCUGACCUAGGUUCAUGUCAGAAGAAGUUAGUUUUGUUCUUGCUGUCCUUUAUUCUACAAUUCUAAAGAGAUAAGUACUCCGAGAGACCAUGCUUACAAUGUGAACUUUUUGUAACUCUGGCAUUCCACCUUCCUUUACUAUGAUACUGCGUAUGACUUUGCUUGUAAUGAGCAAUACAUGCAUGUACUUGUGUGUCUUUUUGCCCAUGUGAAAAGAGGAGGAUUAGCAUUACUGUAGUUGAUGUAUAAGUAACAUCCUUUUUGUUCAAGGGAUUCGACCAGCAGAUAAAAUUAUAAAACUGACCUGGACCUUGAUCUCCUGCGGAGCCCUGAGUAAGCGGUGUCAGGUUAGUAUGGUUCUCCUCCCCACUCUGAUUCAGGAGCUUCUUCUUUAGCCCGUUAUUGUUUUUAGUGUAUAAUGAUGUAGUACGAAAAAGCACUUCGUUAUUCUGUUUAUCUUGCAUCCUUGGGUGCUUCAAAUGUAAAGAUGUGGAUGGUGUGGUGCGUAUUUGCAAAUUA